AUGGCAGCGGAGAGUCCGGUGAGCCUCUCACAGCCCUGUGUUCCCGUCUUCAAAGGAGAGGACUAUGGACGAUGGCGGUUGAGGAUGAAAACAGUGUUCAGGUCUCAAGAGCUUUGGGAGCUCGUUGAGAAGGGUGUGCCAGAAGGGGAAGAUGAAGUAAAAGCAAGGGAGUCCAAGAAAAAGGAUGCAAAGGCUCUAUGCCUCAUCCAACAAGCGGUCGACGGGCCCAUUCUUGACAGGAUAGAGGAAGCGGAGACAGCGCAUGAUGCGUGGGAGAUAGUGAAGAAUCUAUACCAGGGAACGUCAAAGAUGAUGACCGUGAGAAAGCAAGCGUUGGGGCAGAGCUUCGAGACACUCCAAAUGGAGGACAGUGAGAGCAUUCAAGCCUACUUGUCCAGAGUGGUUGUGAUUGUGAAUCAGGUGAAGGCCCUUGGACACAAGCUCUCUGAAGCUGAGGUGGUGUCUAAAGUGCUACGAAGUCUAGCCCCCAAGUUUGACUUUGUGGCGGUGGCGAUGGAGGAGUCCAGAGAUAUGUCAACUUUGACACUUGAUGAACUCGGUGGUUCACUCCAGGCUCAUGAAGUCAGGGUGAAUAGAUCGUUGGGAAAGAGAGGAGAAAAGGCACUGGUUGUGAAGGCAGAGAGCACAAGCUCAGGUGUCAAAGAGAAAGGGAAUCCUUGCGCUAGUCCAGGGUGGAGUCCUACCAGAGGAAGGGGGAGGGGCUUCAUCAGAGGAAGAGGUAGAGGCAGGAGUGCACGAGGAUGCAGUGGGGAUAACAAGAGCAACAUACAGUGUUUUAACUGUAAAAAAUAUGGACACAUGAAAGCUGAGUGCCGAGAGAAAGGAAAGCAAGUAUAG